UUUGAGUCCCUAUUGGUGUAAUUCAUAGUUCAAGCUUGAGAAAAAUCUGUACAGCAGAUUAUCACAAACUCAGAAUCUAAAGGUUCUUGACCUCUGACUUAAAUAUCUUAUUAUUAGGCAAAAGUGGCAACAAUGGAGAGAGAAAUAAUUCAUUGACUAGAAUAUCAGGGAGGGAAGAAAAGCUGUCAGCAUUAUGUCAACAAUAAAUGUAAUGUACAUAUUCAGUGACGGCAAUGUACUUAAGCAGAAAAAAAGCUGUAUUGUGUUGGGUGGAACCACAGGACUUAGGGUUGUUUAUAGGAAUAAAACACAUUUGUCCUAAAACCGAAGCAGAAAACAAAAAUCUUUUUUUUUUUUGUAAUGAAGACCUCAAACUCUACUCUAGAUUCUAUGUAGUGAGCCCACGUAUCUGUUAUGUAUUAGCAUUAUUUAAAAAAAUAAUAAUAAAAUAAAAGACUCAAAUGUCAAGAAAAGACAUGAAAUCAGUGAAGAAAUUUUCUGAUACAAAGAAUAAAAGGCUAAAUAUAUAGAAUAUUUAACAGUUAAAAUAAUUUAUAAUAAAAUUUCUCCAAACAGCAGAUGCAGAUUAGACAGAAGGCAGAAGUCAGUGAUGAGAAACGGCACAGUAACAUCAUUCAUUCUGCUGGGACUGACUGAUGACCCUCAGCUGCAGGUUCUGAUUUUUAUCUUUCUCUUUCUCACCUACAUGUUGAGUAUAACUGGGAACCUGACCAUCAUCACCCUCACCUUUGUGGAUUCCCACCUGAAAACACCUAUGUACUUUUUCUUAAAAAAUUUUUCCUUCUUGGAGAUCUCAUUCACCUCUGCUUGUAUUCCUAGAUACUUGUAUAACAUAGCAACAGGUAAUAAGGUCAUUACCUAUAAUGCCUGUAUGAGCCAAGUGUUUUUUACCGACAUUUGUGGAACAACAGAAUUUUUCCUCCUGGCCGCCAUGUCCUAUGAUCGCUAUGUGGCCAUCUGCAAACCCUUGCAUUACAUGACCAUUGUGAGCAGCAGAGUCUGCAGGAUUCUCAUUACCUGUUGUUGGAUGGCUGGUUUCUGUGUAAUAUUCCCACUAAUACACCUUUGUUUAAAUCUGGAGUUUUGUAAUUCUAAUGUGCUUGACCAUUUUGCCUGUGAUGCAUUUCCCCUUGUGAAAAUCUCAUGCUCGGACACAUGGAUUAUAGAACAGACUGUUAUCAUCUCUGCUGUGCUGACCCUAAAUAUGACUCUUACUUGUGUAGUUCUGUCAUAUGGUAGCAUCAUCAGGACAAUAUUUAGAUUCCGCUCUGUCCACCAAAGGAAAAAAGCCUUUUCAACUUGUUCUUCCCACAUGAUUGUGGUUUCCAUUACCUAUGGCACGUGCAUUUUCAUCUAUAUGAAUCCAACAGCAAAGGAAGAAGUGACCAUUAAUAAAUUGGUUUCACUGCUUAUUUCUUCUGUUUCCCCAACUUUGAACCCAUUUAUUUAUACCCUGAGGAAUAAUCAAGUUAAGAAAGCUUUCAAGGGCUCAUUUGAAAGGCUUGCAAUGCUCUCAACUAAGUAA